CUUUCACUCACCAAGCCUGGCGCUUUCUCUUCAUAUCCUGUUCAUACAUUGUGUCUUCAUUCCUGGAUCAUUUCAUCCUCUCUGCGCCGCACUUUGCCGUUCACUCCAGUCUCACGGUUCACCCACCUUGGUCAACGACGCCGCGCACCUGUCGCCGGACGAUAGCCUCCCCCGCGAACGAAAAGAAAAGCAUUAUACCCUAUGAAGGGAUUCCUCGACGUGGUCAUGAAGCUUGAAAAAAUCAUCACCGUUGUGGGCAGCCUUGGGGGCGCUGCUGUCGACGGCGUCCUCGCCCCCAAGUAUCUCGACCUCGACAUUCCUUACUCAAUCCGUAACGUGGCCGCGACCAUUGUCCACGAUGCCAUGACGUACUACAAUGGGAACACGUCCAGCAACCCAUUGGCCGUCGGCGAUCUCCAAGACCCCUACUACUGGUGGGUGGCCGGCGCCCUCUGGGGCACGCUCCUCGACUACUACCACUACACCAAGGACCCGAGCUACAACGACGUGGUCAUCGAGGCCUUGCUGUCGCCCUACAACCUCGGCCCCAACCACGACUUUAUGCCCCCCGAGCACGCGAGCGAGGAGGGCAACGACGACCUCUACUUCUGGGGCUCGGCCGCGCUCUCGGCCGCCGAGCGCAACUUCCCCCAGCCCGACGCGACCAAGCCCUCGUGGCUCGCCAUUGGCGCCAACGUCUUCAACUCGCUCCAGUCCCGCUGGAACACCACCCACUGCGGCGGCGGUCUCACCUGGCAGAUCUACCCGGACAACCCCAACGGCAUGAACUACAAAAACUCCAUCACCAACGGCGGCUUCUUCCAGAUCGCCGCCCGCAUGGCCCGCGCCACCGGCAACGACACCUACCGCGCCUGGGCCGACCGCGCCUGGGACUGGUCCUGGGACGUCGGCCUCGUCGACCACGACGCCUGGCACGUCUACGACGGCACCGACUCGGCCAACGACUGCGCCGAGGUCAACCGCGCCAGCUACACCUACACCUCGGGUGUCUACCUCUACGGCGCCGCCGUCAUGGCCAACCACACGGGCGACCCCCGCUGGGUCGACCGCGCCACCAACCUCCUCGCCGGCGCUGCAUGGUUCUUCGGCCCCUAUGGCAACGCCACCGACAUCCUCUACGAGGGCGCCUGCGAGCCUGCGGACAGGUGCAACGCCGACAUGGAGACGCACAAGGCCUACCUCGCCCGCAACAUGUGGCAGGCCACCUGGAUGGUGCCUUCGCUGCGGCCCACGGUUGAGAGGUACAUGAACGCCUCGGCCAUGGCGGCGGCCGCGACAUGCACGGGUGGCGCGGACGGGCACCGCUGUGGGAUGAAGUGGUAUGUUGGCGGGCACGAUGGCAACGUCGGGCUCGGUCCGCAGAUGACGGCGCUCGAGGCGAUUCAGGGGUGGCUUAUCGAGGACGCUGCGCCGCCGUUGCGAGGCGACGCCAUCCAGACGGUGAGGGAUGUCGAGUGGACGCCCGUGGACCCGUAUCGACACGAUACGUCAUAGUUUAUAAAAUCUAAUGAUGCAAAUAAAAAGAAAUUCUAUCCCAAAACGCCGUGUUCGUCUUGUCUAUGCAGAAAUCCUAUGCAAUCACCCCAUUAGCGGCCUUCUCCUUGGCCUCCUCGUCCUCCUCCGGCUUCAGCCCCCUGACCUCGGCCAGGACACUCUUGAUCGACCCCAGGAACCGCGUCACCUCCUCCUCCGUGCCGACGGUGAUGCGCAGACAGCCCAGACACCCGUGCUCCUUGCCCCGGAAGCGGACCACGACGCCGCGGUUCUCCGCGAGACGCUCAUACACCG